GCGAGCGCGCUCUAGCCUCUAGCUACUCCUAAUCAGCGCUUAAUCAGCAGCAGCAGCAGCAGCCAGCAGGGAAGGAUGCAGGCGGUGGGCAUCCGGCGUGGUCUGACCAUCGACCCGGCGGGGGAGGAGGAGCCCGCGGCGGCGCGCGUGGGGCGGCUGGUCCGGGAGAGCCCCGUGGUGAUCUUCGCUCGCCCCGGCUGCUGCAUGGCGCACGUGAUGAAGCGACUGCUGCAGGCGGUGGGCGCGCACGCCACCGUCAUCGAGCUGGACGCCGGCGCCGCCGAGGAGGAGGAGCUCGCGGCGGGGGCCGAGGGCGCAGGCGUCCCGGCGCUCUUCGUCGGCGGCGACCCCGUCGGCGGGCUCGAGGGCCUCAUGGCGCUCCACCUCAGCGGACGCCUCGAGCCCAGGCUCAGGGAGCUCGGCGCGCUCUGCGCCUAGCUGUCCGCUUGCUUCUCCGCCGUCGAUCCAUGUGUCCGGUCAGCGUGCCCGCGGCCGGGCGCCCCGGGCUGUACAUACUACGCGCGCGCGCGGCGGCCUCUGCGAUUUGGAGAAGGAAGCUUCAGGGUGCUGGGAAAAGAGUUUUUAUUUACAGGGUGUUUCGUGUUCGUGACAAACGGCACUGGACCUAAAUGUGAUUAAUUACUCAGGAGUAAUACUACUACUACUACUAGUUUCUCUCUCUCUUUCACAGCAACAAGCAAGAGAGAGAGAGAGAGAAAAAAAAAACAAGCUUCUGUUUUGUCCUGGACUCAUCGAUCGAUCACUCCUGGUUUAUUUGUUAACUAAUAGUAUGAUGAAGUUGUUAA